UGGUACCUAAACGUAUCAAUUGUACAUUCUAAAGUUUACCUCAAAUCAUCGCCAGAAGUGAACACAUGAAAAUUUCAAAUUAGUUAACCUCUUUUGUUCUUAUGUAUAAUUGUGCUAAUUAAACCCAUUCUACAUAACAUCAUUUUUUUUAUCUCUUUAGCAUAACAGACCAAACAAAAACUAAAAGUAGAACACUGUGAUUCUAUUUCCACUAAUCUAAUAGAAAACAGCAAUCAUAAAAACACACCAUCCUCUUACAAAUCCCAUAAUCAGCUUCAAACUUUAAUCAUCAUAUUCCCCACACACUCUCUCACCAUCAUGCCACAUUUUCUUCCUCACUCAAAUUCACAACCACACCCUUCACUCUCCACAUUUUAAAUUCAAAUCAUAAAAACACACAUUCUUCCCUUUCUUUCCAAAACCAUAACAUGAACAUAUCACUACAAUUAGCCUUAAUCUUAGCAUUUCUCUCCACAUCACAAUCAUUAACACAGAGUGCACUACAAAAUGAUACACACGCCCUCACUGAAUUCCGUCUCCAAACCGACUUCCACGGCUACCUCGUCGGUAACUGGACCGGCGAGGAUGCCUGCAACUCCGCCUGGCACGGAGUUGAAUGCUCCCCAAACGGCAGAGUUGUAGCUCUCUCCGUCCCUUCCCUCAAUCUCCGAGGUCCGGUUCAUUCUCUCUCAACGCUAACAUACCUACGCUUCCUUGACCUUCACGAUAACCGUUUAAACGGAACCAUUCUUCCUCUCUUAAACUGUACUGAUCUCGAACUACUCUACCUCUCAAGCAACGACUUCUCCGGCGACAUACCACCGGAGAUAUCAUCCUUACGGCUUCUCAUCAGACUUGACAUCUCUGAUAACAACAUCCACGGCGAAAUACCUAAAGAGCUUUCGAAACUGAAAUUUCUCCUCACUCUCCGGUUACAGAAUAAUGAACUCUCUGGUGAAGUUCCGGAUCUUUCUUCUUCUCUACUCAAUCUCAGAGAACUCAACAUUACUAACAACGAACUCCAAGGACGCUUACCAGACGCAAUGCUUACCAAAUUCGGCAACAAAAGCUUCUCUGGCAACCACGGUCUCUGCGGAAUGACACCAUUACCAAAUUGUCCUGUCACCGAAGCUCAUGUUCCUCCUCCUUCUGAUGACGACGAUAGUUCGGAAAUAGUUCCUUCAAAUCCUAGCUCUAUGCCAAAAUCUAGUAGAAAUGCUAACGGUACCAUUCCAUCUGAAACUCCUUCGAGCAAACGGAAAAUGUUGAGUCCGGGUACUAUUGUGGCGGUUACAGUGGCAGUUUCCGUGGCAUUAUUAGUGGUGGUUUCUUUCAUGGUGGCGCAAUGUUGCGGAAGAGGAGGAAAAUCUAACUCAACGGUUGGCAUGGAUAGCGAGCUUGGAAAGAGAAAAAGCGAUAGCAGCAGUGGAAGCGAGAAGAAAGGUUACACUGCAAAUAGCAACAAUGGCGGUGUGGAUAGAGAUAGUGAUGGAACAACCGAAACAGAAAGAAGCAAACUAGUGUUUUUCGACAGGAGCAAUGAGUUUGAGCUCGAAGAUUUGCUUCGAGCUUCGGCCGAGAUGCUUGGGAAGGGUAGUUUGGGAACUGUUUAUAGAGCUGUUCUCGAUGAUGGAUGCACUGUUGCUGUUAAGAGACUCAAAGAUGCUAAUCCUUGUGAUAGGAAUCAGUUUGAACAGUAUAUGGAUGUUGUUGGAAAGCUUAGACACCCUAAUGUUGUUAGGCUCAAAGCUUAUUAUUAUGCUAAGGAAGAAAAGCUUCUGGUUUAUGAUUAUCUCUCUAAUGGAAGCUUGUAUUCUCUUCUUCAUGGGAACCGUGGUCCGGGGAGGAUUCCGUUGGAUUGGACAACAAGAAUAAGCUUGGUGUUGGGGGCAGCAAGAGGCCUAGCAAGGAUUCAUGGAGAGUAUAGUGCAGCCAAGAUACCUCAUGGGAAUGUAAAAUCUUCCAAUGUGUUGCUUGACAGGAAUGGAGUUGCUUGCAUAGGUGACUUUGGCUUGUCGCUAUUAUUGAACCCUGCUCACGCGGUUGCGAGGCUGGGUGGGUCUAGAGCUCCCGAGCAAGCGGAAGGGAAGAAGCUUUCACAAGAGGCGGAUGUUUAUGGUUUCGGGGUGUUGGUGUUGGAAGUUUUGACAGGAAGGGCUGCUUCCUCUCAGUACUCUUCUCCUAUAGGAGUUCGUGCUUGUGUGGAAUCCGAGGAAGAAGAAGUGGAUCUUCCGAAAUGGGUUCGGUCGAUUGUGAAGAAAGAGUGGACAUCGGAGGUGUUUGAUCAGGAACUUUUAAGGUACAAGAACAUCGAAGAGGAGCUUGUUUCAAUGCUGAAUAUAGGACUUGCUUGUGUUGUGUCGCAACCGGAGCAGAGGCCUACUAUGUUGGAAGUUGUUAAGAUGAUCGAGGAUAUUAGAGUGGAACAAUCUCCUCUAAGAGAGGACUAUGAUGAAUCUCGCACUUCACUUUCACCUUCACUUGCCACUACCGAAGAUUGCCUAGCUUAAUAACACUACUGUUAUUUAUUGCCUCAUAUCAAUAUCAUGCUAGUUAUUGACUUAUUGUCAUGAAUUUAACUCUCUUUGAUCCUCUUCUAGUUGCAUUUACCUAUUUGUGUCCCUUUAUAUUUUCAUAUGUUGUUAAUUUUGUUUUAUAUUUAUUGUAUUUGCAAAAUGAUUGUUGUUGUUGUUGCACUUGUAUUGGUACUUAGCUGAUCUCUAGUAAAUCAAUGUCUCUGCUAUUCACCCAUUACAUGUUCCUUCCUGUACAGUAAAAGAAAGAGGGUUAGAUUUAAAACUGUCUUUUGUUUACC